CCCUGCUGUCUGGUAGGGAGUCACGUGGAAGAGGGCGUUUGCGCCGGGCUGACCCUUUACUGUUCUCCUGAGCAACACCCACAGUCCCCCUGCAAUCCUGCUUUCUGCCGGCAAGGGUCAUGUGUCCCCAAACCGUGCAGAAAACAGGAAACCCUGUUGGUACGAGGGCAGCCCGGCCCUGUGAUUCAUCAGGGGGUGACAAUCCAGCUGUUGGUCCCUAUCCCCUGCCCAGGGCAGUUUCCUCUGUGCAUCUCUGCCCCAGCCACCCUGCUGCAGAGAAUGCUUGGACCUUUCUUAUCACCUUUGGAGGCGGCAGGGCCAGACUCCGUUUGAGCCAAGUAUUUAUCGUCCAGGCGGGAGUUAGGAAUGUGAAGUGUUAUAACCUUGGCUAGAGGGUGGUGAGGAACUAGACUGGGGGCCUGGACUCUGGGUCCUGAGCAUCCUUUGCCUUGUGCUUUCGGAGGCUCCCAGCUCUGCUACGCUUUCCAGUUCCUUUGCCAGUCCUGGCUCAAUCGGCCUUUUAUCUUCUGCAGGCUCCUUGCUUGGGCCUGGCCCUGAUCUUGGCUGCACCGUAAGCCUUGGCUAACUUGUGGCUUCCAGUUGUUCGAAGCAGCUGUGGUAGCUUCCUUCAAGAGUGGCUGUGGAUCCACAGCAGAUGAAACCCGAGGGGCUAUUUAUAGCAGGGUGGCCCUGGGGCCUGGAGCAGGGCCCAGGGCCUGAGGAAAGUCAGGGCCUCCUCAUCAGAGACCAGUGCAAUGGGAUGGAUGAAGUGUUGGCUUUUUGCAUGCUUUGGGGUGGGGAGUUUUGGAACAGCCUGGUUUAGGGUUUUGAAAACCAAACACCUCCCGGUCCCCGCCUCCCCUGCCCUAGCCUGACUCAUACAACUUGGAGUCCUAGGGCCAGAAAUGCUGAGAGUCCGAGAACUGUCCCUCCUGACAGUGCUGUUUGGCUCCUCCUUCCACUGUGAGUUCUGCCGAGCUCUGAGAAGCCCCACAGGGGCAGGGUGUCCAGCCCUCCCGCAGCCAGGGGCCCCGACUCUGUACUCCAUGGGGAGCUGGACCUCAGAGUCCACAACUCUGUAUAUUGGGGUGCGGUAUCCUCUACUUGGGCUCUGUGGCCAAACCCACAGGGUUCGAAUCCUGCUCCAUCAUCAGCCUCUCGGGGAUUCAGGGGCUUCAUGAGAGUUUCCCCAAGCAACCAGCCACAGCCACAGCCUGUCAGUCUCUCUAGAAACAUGAGCGUGAGCCGAGCCAUGGAAGACAGCUGUGAGCUGGACCUGGUGUAUGUCACUGAGCGCAUCAUCGCCGUGUCCUUCCCCAGCACAGCCAAUGAGGAGAACUUCCGCAGCAACCUCCGUGAAGUGGCCCAGAUGCUGAAGUCCAAACAUGGGGGAAACUACCUGCUAUUCAACCUUUCCGAGCAGAGGCCUGACAUUACGAAACUCCAUGCUAAGGUCCUGGAAUUUGGCUGGCCUGACCUGCACACACCGGCCCUGGAGAAGAUAUGCAGUGUCUGCAAGGCCAUGGACACCUGGCUCAAUGCAGAUCCUCACAAUGUCGUUGUUCUCCACAACAAGGGAAAUCGAGGCAGGAUUGGGGUUGUCAUCGCAGCAUAUAUGCACUACAGCAACAUUUCGGCCAGUGCUGACCAGGCUCUGGACCGGUUUGCAAUGAAGAGAUUCUAUGAGGACAAGAUUGUGCCGAUCGGCCAGCCAUCCCAGAGGAGGUAUGUACACUACUUCAGCGGCCUACUCUCCGGCUCCAUCAAAAUGAACAACAAGCCUUUGUUUCUGCAUCAUGUGAUCAUGCACGGCAUCCCCAACUUUGAGUCGAAAGGAGGGUGCCGGCCGUUUCUUCGUAUCUACCAAGCCAUGCAACCUGUGUACACAUCUGGCAUCUACAAUAUCCCUGGAGACAGCCAGGCCAGCAUCUGUAUCACCAUCGAACCAGGGCUGCUCCUAAAGGGAGACAUCUUGCUGAAGUGUUAUCACAAGAAGUUCCGGAGCCCGGCUCGAGAUGUCAUCUUUCGCGUGCAGUUCCACACCUGCGCCAUCCAUGACUUGGGGGUUGUUUUUGGGAAGGAAGACCUGGAUGAGGCCUUCAAAGAUGAUCGAUUUCCUGACUAUGGCAAAGUGGAAUUUGUCUUUUCCUAUGGGCCAGAGAAAAUUCAAGGCAUGGAACACCUGGAGAAUGGGCCCAGUGUAUCUGUAGACUAUAACACCUCCGACCCCCUCAUCCGCUGGGAUUCCUACGACAACUUCAAUGGGCAUCGUGAGGAUGGCAUGGAAGAAGUUGUGGGUCACACUCAAGGGCCACUGGAUGGGAGCCUGUAUGCCAAAGUGAAGAAGAAGGACUCCCUGAAUGGAAGCUCAGCGCCUGUCACUACUGCAAGGCCUGUCCUGUCAGCCACUCCCAACCAUGUGGAGCACACACUGUCUGUGAGCAGCGACUCUGGCAACUCCACAGCUUCCACUAAAACAGACAAGACCGAUGAGCCUGUCUCCGGGGCUGCCACUGCCCCUGCUGCCCUGAGUCCUCAGGAGAAGAAAGAGCUUGAUCGCCUGCUAAGCGGCUUUGGUGUAGACAGAGAGAAGCAAGGCGCCAUGUACCGGGCUCAGCAACUCAGGUCCCACCCAGUUGGGGGCCCGACUGUGUCCUCCCCUGGCCGCCAUGUCGUCCCAGCCCAGGUUCAUGUCAACGGUGGGGCUCUGGCAUCUGAGCGGGAGACGGACAUAUUGGAUGAUGAGCUUCCCAUCCAGGAUGGGCAGAGUGGUGGCAGCAUGGGCACGCUGUCCUCCCUGGACGGGGUCACCAACACCAGUGAAGGCGGCUACACAGAGACCCUGUCCCCACUGACCAAUGGUCUGGACAAACCCUAUUCCACAGAACCUAUGCUCAAUGGUGGAGGCUACCCCUAUGAGUCUGCCAACCGGGUGAUGCCUGUCCACAGCAGUCACUCGGCCCCCAUUCGGCCUUCCUACUCUGCUCAGGAGGGUUUAGCUGGCUACCAGCGUGAGGGACCCCACCCAGCCUGGUCACAAAAAGUGACCAGUGCUCAUUGUGGCUAUGACCCCAGUGGUCUAUUCCGAUCCCAGUCCUUUCCAGAUGUGGAGCCCCAGCUGCCCCAAGCUCCAGCCCGUGGGGGCAGCAGCCGAGAGGCUGUGCAGAGGGGGCUGACUUCAUGGCAGCAGCAGCAGCAGCAGCAGCAGCAGCAGCAGCAGCAGCCUCACCCACCUUCCCGCCAGCAGGAAAGAGCCCCAUUGCAGAGUCUUGCCAGCAGCAAGCCUAGUCCCCAGCUAUCAGUAGAGACCCCCAUACCUGCUCUCCCAGAGUUCCCAAGGGCAGCCUCCCAGCAGGAGAUUGAACAGUCUAUUGAAACCCUCAGUAUGUUGAUGCUGGACCUGGAGCCAGCCUCAGCUGCUGCCCCUCUUCAUAAGUCCCAGAGUGUUCCUGGGGCCUGGCCAGGGGCUUCCCCACUCUCUUCCCAGCCCCUCUUGGGCUCUUCCCGCCAGUCCCACCCAUUGACCCAGUCCCGAUCUGGCUAUAUCCCCAGCGGGCAUUCUCUGGGCACCCCGGAGUUGGUCUCUUCCGGCAGGUCUUAUGCACCUUAUGAUUAUCAGCUGCGUCCAGCUGGAGCCAACCAGAGUUUCCAUCCAAAGAGUCCAGCCCCUUCCACCUUUCUUCCAAGCCCCCAUAGCUCCGCAGGGCCUCAGGAGCCCCCAGCCUCUCUCCCUGGUCUCAUCGCUCAGCCUCAGCUUCCACCAAAGGAAACUACUUCAGACCCCUCCCGAACUCCGGAGGAAGAGCCGCUGAACCUGGAAGGGCUGGUAGCCCACCGGGUAGCAGUGUACAAUGCCAGACUGCAGGGCCUGAGGCAGAGUGCCAUCUCCCGACCCUCUCCUCUCCACCGGCUCCGAUCUGCCUCCCUCUCUGGGGUUCAGGCUCGGGAGAGGCAGCCUGCAGAGCCCCCCACCCCACUCCGAAGGCGGGCAGCCAGUGAUGGACAGUAUGAGAACCAGUCUCCGGAGGCCACAUCCCCCCAUAGUCCUGGGGUCCGCUCUCCGGUCCAGUGUGUCUCCCCUGAGCUGGCUCUUACUAUCGCCCUCAAUCCUGGAGCGCGGCCCAAAGAGCCCCAUUUGCAUAGCUACAAGGAAGCCUUUGAGGAGAUGGAGGGGACCUCUCCAAGCAGCCCGCCACCCAGUGGGGUGCGCUCUCCUCCGGGUCUGGCCAAAACACCCCUGUCUGCUCUGGGUCUGAAACCCCACAACCCAGCGGACAUCCUGCUGCACCCCACCGGUGUCGCCAGAAGACUGAUCCAGCCAGAGCCCCGGAGCUACGUGGAGUCUGUGGCGAGGACAGCAGUAGCAGGGCCUCGAGCUCAGGAUGUGGAGCCCAAGAGUGUCGGUGCCCCAGCUGCCCAUGCCUAUGGACAUGAGACACCUCUGAGGAAUGGGACCCCUGGUGGUUCCUUUGUCUCCCCCAGUCCCCUUUCCACAAGCAGUCCCAUUCUCAGUGCUGACAGCACUUCCGUGGGGAGUUUCCCAUCAGCUGGGAGCAGUGACCAGGGUCCCCGGACACCCAUCCAGCCCAUGCUGGACUCCAGCAUCCGCUCUGGCAGCCUGGGGCAGCCGAGCCCGGCAGCACUGAGUUACCGGAGCGCCUCACCCAUCCAUGCUGGCAGCAGCUACAGCAGCCCUGACUACUCCCUUCAGCCAUUCAGCUCUUCUCCAGAAAUCCAAGGCCAGCCACAGUUCAGCACAGCCAAUGGCCACAUGAUGCCUGGGAGCCCUCAGGCACGACAUAGGACAGUGGGCACCAACACUCCACCCAGUCCUGGCUUUGGCCGUAGGGCCAUUAACCCCACCAUGGCUGCCCCUGGUAGUCCCAGUUUGAGCCACCGGCAGGUGAUGGGUCCAUCUGGCCCUGGUUUCCAUGGUAAUGUGGUUUCUGGCCACCCGAGCAAUGCACCAACUACUCCUGGGAGCCCCAGCUUGGGCCGGCACCCAGUGGGAAGCCACCAGGUUCCAGGCCUCCACAGCAGCGUGGCCACCACUCCAGGAAGCCCAAGUCUGGGCAGGCACCCUGGAGCCCAUCAAGGAACUCUGGCCUCCAGCCUCCAUGGCAAUGCAGUUAUUAGCCCUGGGAGCCCAAGCUUGGGCCGGCACCUGGGUGGGUCUGGAUCUGUGGCUCCUGGAAGCCCCAGCUUGGACCGGCAUGCAGCUUUCUGUGGCUACUCCACCCCUGAGGACCGAAGACCUACACUGUCUCGGCAAAGCAGUGCCUCCGGCUACCAGGCUCCCUCUACGCCUUCAUUCCCUGUCUCCCCUGCCUACUACCCUGGCCUGAGCAGCCCUGCCACCUCACCCUCGCCAGACUCAGCUGCCUUCCGGCAAGGGAGCCCCACACCAGCCUUACCAGAGAAGCGAAGAAUGUCAGCGGGAGACCGGGCAGGCAGCCUCCCCAACUACGCCACCAUCAAUGGGAAAGUGUCCUCCUCGCCUGUUGCCAAUGGAAUGUCCAGUCCCGGUGGGAGCAGCACCGUCUCCUUCUCCCACACGCUUCCAGACUUUUCCAAGUACUCUAUGCCAGACAAUAGUCCUGAGACACGGGCUAAAGUGAAGUUUGUUCAGGACACUUCCAAGUAUUGGUACAAGCCUGAGAUCUCCAGAGAGCAGGCCAUUGCACUCUUGAAGGACCAGGAGCCAGGGGCCUUCAUCAUCCGUGACAGCCACUCUUUCCGAGGGGCCUAUGGGUUGGCCAUGAAGGUGUCCUCACCCCCUCCAACCAUCUCUCAGCAGGGCAAGAAAGGAGAUAUGACCCAUGAGUUGGUGAGACACUUCCUGAUAGAGACAGGCCCCAGAGGAGUCAAGCUUAAGGGCUGUCCCAAUGAGCCAAACUUUGGCUCCCUGUCUGCCCUGGUCUAUCAGCACUCCGUCAUCCCAUUGGCCCUGCCUUGUAAACUGGUCAUUCCAAGCCGAGACCCCACAGAUGAAUCAAAGGAUAGCUCGGGCCCUGCCAACUCAACCACUGACCUGCUGAAGCAAGGAGCAGCAUGCAAUGUGCUCUUCGUCAACUCUGUGGAUAUGGAGUCGCUCACCGGGCCACAGGCCAUUUCCAAAGCGACAUCUGAGACUUUGGCUGCUGACCCCACGCCGGCUGCCACCAUUGUGCACUUCAAGGUCUCUGCCCAAGGAAUCACACUGACUGACAAUCAGAGAAAGCUCUUCUUUAGACGACACUACCCUCUCAACACUGUCACCUUCUGCGACCUGGACCCACAAGAAAGAAAGUGGAUGAAGACAGAGGGAGGCGCUCCUGCUAAGCUCUUUGGCUUUGUGGCCCGGAAGCAGGGCAGCACCACAGACAACGCUUGCCACCUCUUCGCGGAGCUUGACCCCAACCAACCUGCAUCUGCCAUUGUCAACUUUGUCUCCAAGGUCAUGCUGAGCGCUGGCCAGAAGAGAUGAAUCCGGAUCCAGGAGCCCUUGCCCAAGGCCUGGGCACUGGGGAUGGGGUGUG